AUGGUCAGGCAGACGGUGGCAUCCGCGGACAUCGUCCCCUUCUUGUCGGCUCUGUCACAGUCUCUCCCGAUCCUCGGUGUUGCUCCGGAUGAAAAUAUUGAUCCUUUGGACCGGGUGGUGGCGGCCCUCUGGUGUGGUGUCCUUCCUGAAUGCACUACCUUGGAGCUCACGGUUCGUCAGCGAAAAUUUGGCUGCACGGAAUUGGUGAACCCGAAAGACCACAGCAAGCCAGUUCAAGAGGUACUCGCUGAGAUGACAAACGGCGGAGUCGACCGUAGUGUUGAAUGCACCGGCAAUAUCAGUGCUAUGAUACAAGCAUUUGAAUGUGAUCAUCAGGGCUGGGGUGUCGCUGUGCUGGUCGAUGUGCCACACAAGGACGCCGAAUUCAAGACCCACCCAAUGAACUUCCUGAACGAGAGGACUCUAAAGGGGGCCUUCUUCGGCAACUUCAAGCCGUGCACUGAUCUGCCCAAUUUUGUAGAGAUGUACGUGAAGAAGGAACUGGAGGUGGAAAACUUCAUCACGCACAGCGUACCGUUCUCGGAGAUCAACAAGGCCUUUGACCUCGUGGCCAAGGGCAAGGGCAUUCGCUGCAUCAUCCGCAUGGAGAACUAG